AUGGAAGCACCUCUUUCAAACAUUUGUUCUAAUGUUCCUAAAGAUAUGAAAGAAUAUUGGCAAGAGUCAUUUUCAAAUAAAGUUAUUAAAAGGCUCAAAUCAAAACCAAUUAAUGCUUUAUAUU